AUGACGUGUCGGGGGGGGGGGGGCUUUUAGCAGCGAAGCAGUGCGAAGCAGUGCAAAUCUUCGCCUCCCUCCCGCUCAUUUUGGCUUUUGGCCAUAAAUGAUGGUGGAAUGGUGAUGGCGGGCGUCUAGACCCUGGGGGCACCGUACUACGCAACUCGCAGCGGACGGAGUGACGACACCGACACGUCACGGCGUGCUAAGGUGCUAAGGUGCUAAGCUAACAUCUUAGCCCCGGCCGGGACCGUCCGUCGCGCAUCUAUUUUGGUGUGUGCGCGGCGGUGGACCUUUUCGCUACUCCGGAGGAGUCCUACUCGAUUCGCCCACGCGCGCUCGGGCGUGCGGGCGGGCGGGCGUGUCAACCACCUGCUUUACUUCACAAUGCCGAGCAAAAAGAAGAAAUACAACGCGAGAUUUCCACCGGCAAGAAUUAAGAAAAUUAUGCAGACGGAUGAAGAAAUAGGCAAAGUGGCUGCUGCAGUGCCUGUUAUUAUUUCGAGAGCCCUGGAGCUUUUCUUGGAGUCGUUGCUCACUAAGGCCUGCCACGUCACCCAGUCCAAGAACGCCAAGACCAUGACCACGUCACACUUAAAGCAAUGCAUCGAGCUGGAGCAGCAGUUUGAUUUCCUCAAAGACCUGGUGGCGACCGUGCCCGACAUGCAGGGCGAGGGCGACGAGAACCACGGCGAGCCGGCGGGGGACAAGGUGCCGCCGCGCAGGGGUCGAAAGCUGGGCUCGGCUCACAAAAACGGAGGCGCCGGCUCAAAGGCCAAGGACAAGAAGUUGUCCGGAACCGAGUCGGAGCUCGAGGAGGACUCCGAGGACAGCGAGACGGACGGGGACGGAGAGGACGGCUCCCAGUCAAGCACAAAUCUGCAGGAUGCAACCAGGUUCCACAGCGCCGCGCCGAAGCACCCGCAGGGGGCAAAUGUGGUCCCGGGGGACGGCGCAGCCCCGGUGCAGCCCCCCCCCGUGGCCUUCGCCCCGCACCACUCCAUGAUGAGCGCCGUGCCACCGCCGCCAGCUCCCGCGCUACAACAAAGCCAGGAUGACGAAGAUGACGACGAAGACUAUGACUCUUAGCUCGCCUAAAUACGCACACACUGACUUUUUCUCGUUAGACUUGCUCUCACAGCGGUCACUCGGAGCAAGAGACUCUUCAUCGGAGAAAGAAAAAGAAAUCUGGUUGUACAUUGCGUUUUAAUUUUGUGUUCUCUUUUAAACUUGGGCUUUUAUUUCAUUGGAGAUGAGAGUCCAACCAAGAUCGUUUUAAGGAGUUCUGUUUUGAUGAGGAUUUCUUUUUUCUUUUUCUUUGAAUGCCUACAGACAGGAUAGGUGUGCUUUGUGUGUUGCUUUGUGGCUUUUCUCUCACUUGUCUUUAGUUCUUUUAAUUCAUGUUUUUACCCCCCACCCUAAAAGAAAGUCCCAAGUCCACAGACAGCUCCUUGGUUUUUUUUUUGUUUCUUUUUUUAUAUUAUUAUUAUUUUAUCAACCCUGGCUUGAUUUUUAAAUCCGUUAUGAUAACAAAUUUCUGUUGAGGCCACAUUCAACUUGUUGACUUCUUUUCCUGUUAUGCUGCGUCUGCCCCUCCCAAGAUACUUUUAAUGAUUUAAUUUGAUUCCCCUCGAUGUCCAUAUCAAAUGUAUCCUAAUAGGUAGAAGGAAGUUGCAUUGUAAAUUUUUUAACAUUCUUUUUAUUUUGUACGGAUUAAAUAAAAGAAAAGUCGUUUCCA